AUGCGCGGCGCCUCUCUCUCAUCGCUGUCGCACCUUGUUGUCUCACUGCUGCUCGCGGCUUCAUCCCCGUCCGCCGUCCUGGCUGAUGGCACCGUCUGGGCGACGCCUCAUGACAGCUACUCCUCCUCCGUCGGCGUCCUCGGUUGCAAGAUCAACACCGAUCGCGUCGCAUACUGGCCCGGCUCCGUCGACUGCAACAACCUCUGCAUCUCACUGAGCUACGAGGACCGCACCGUCAAGCUCCUGCGCAUCGAUCAGUCGCAGGGCGCCUACGAUAUCAGCUACGAUGCGUGGAACUACCUCUACACGGGCAACUCGGCCAAGAAGCUGCCCGUCGCCGGCGGCCCGCUCGCCAUGGAAUACAAAGAACUGCACGCCGACGAGUGCAAGGAGCUCAUCAAGACCAAGAGCAAGAAGCUUCCUCUCAGCGCCUCCAACAGCAUGAACUUCCUGGCCAGCUGUCUGGAUCAGAAGGACAGCUGGGUGGCCAAGAACUUCGCACUGUACAACAUGCUCGAUUCGAUUUGCUCGUGGGGAUACGACGAGGGUUGCGAGCUGGACUGGCCCACGGCGAAUCAACCCACGUGCAAGCACUCGCUCGGCAUGCCCGUUGAGCUGACGGACGCCCCCGUGUACAACGUGCAGUACCCUACCGGAAAUGUCGUCGAGGCAUCGAGCGGCGAGAAGAUAUCCAGUCCGGGUGAUAGCACGAGCGACGCGACCACCACCUUCGCCAUGCCAUCAUUACCUGUUCCGACAAGCUACAAGAAUAUGCAGAACGGUGCCUCGGCGCUGGGAAUGCUGGGGAUGUUGAUGGCUAGUUCACUUUUCUGGACUUGUUUUAUACUUGGGUCAUGUUGA